AUGGGUAAUGACCUGGGCAUUCAAAAGAAGGAGGUGCGGGAGUGGCAGGACAGGUAUAAUAUUCCAAAGGACAAGGUGGAGCUGACGCUCAAGGCCUUCAAAACGCAGAAGGGUAAAGAUGGAUUGAUCUCGAAGGCCAAGUUCAUCCAGGUGAUGGCCGAGCACGGCGCCGCGGACGAAGAGUUCGCCGCAGCCAUCUUCGAAUCCUUCGAUCGCGACGGCAAUGGGUGUAUCGAUGUGCACGAGUACUUGGCGCUCAUGGGCGUGACGUUUGGUGGCAGCGUUGAAGAGAAGCUAGAAGCUUCGUUCAACCUCUUCGACGAGGACGGCAAUGGAGAGCUGUCCGAGGCUGAGGUCGAGAGGAUGCUGCUCAUGGCGACCCGCGCUGUUGUGCGCAAGAGGUACAACACGCAUGAGGACACCAAGAAGGCCACCGGCAACACGGCGGUCACCAUCCCAGACGAGCUCAAGGCCCGAAUCAAGGAGAUUGUGCGAGGCAUCUUUGCCAAGAUCGAUGAGGACCAGAGCGGCACGAUUUCGCUUACCGAGUUCAAGGCUGGCUUUGGCCGCCAUCAGGACAUAUCCGCCAAAAACCAAACGGGCGAGCCUGGCGAGUCAGUUCCUGCUGUCACCCCUUGCCGAACGCACGCCACGAGAGCCACGCCCCCCUCCCUCCCGCUCCUGAAGGCGCAGCGCAAGAUCAAUUAG